AUAUUAUAUUUGUUUUCAAUAGAAGUGUGAAAACGUAGAGUUCAGAGCUAAGCGUGUAUAAGUAGAAGCACGUGGCCAGGGCCACACAUCGCUCUGCCUCUCACGUUCUGAAUUCUUAUAUCGGCACCGGAGUUCGAACGGAAUUACAAGGAGGAGAGUGGAGAACAUCAACUUAUUGGCAUGUCAACGCCGGCGCAGACGGAGAUUGCUAACAAUACCCUAGGAAAGCGAUCUUCGAAGAACGGGAACUUUAAUAGCAUAAGAGCGAGCCUGAAGUGGCGGAGACUGGAGAUGGCCAAAAAGAGGGCUAGCAGUCGCAGAGCCUCUUCCGAGAGUUGUAGUUUUGAAGAAAUAACCGCGGAUCUGAACCGAAUAGAGGCGGAAGUGGCAGAAAGAGGCUCAUCGGAGAACACAUCAGCGGAUCUCCAACGCCUGGAACGGAGCAAGGCAUACCUGAGAAAGCGAAUGCAUUCGGAGGCAGAGCAUAUAAAAAAGAUGACGGAGGCGAUGGACGAAAUCGCAGAGGAGAUUGCUGGGAAGAGAGGAGUAAUGAACAGGGGUUUAAUCCUCUUCUGGCCGGCUUGUCCUUGGUUUCUCUUGUUAUCAGUCAUCUUCUUAUCAGUCAUCGGAUUCAAGAUAUAUAUCAGUUAGAGGAUGAGGCAGUUUCUUUGCCGCCAAUUGUAGAUAUAGAGCCGAAUUAAGAGCGUUCUUUUUAAAUCAAUCAGUGAUUGGAUUGGGAUUGACCCCCUUCUUAACAACCCAACUUGCUAAUGAAUAUUACUAUGAGAAAGCAAAAUCUCAGUUUCAGUUAAA